AUGGCUGCCAACCCCAUCCAGAAUGGUCUCUUCGUCCACGAGAAUACUACUCCCCCGGAGCACCCCAGCUUGCUGAGCAUGUUCUCUCUGAAGGGCAAGACCGCCAUCGUUACUGGUGCUGGCGCCGGUAUUGGUCUCGCUGUCGCCAACGGUCUUGCGGAAGCUGGUGCCAACGUUGCCCUGUGGUGGAACACCAAUGACAAAUGCCCCGAGCGUGCCGCUGAGAUCGCCUCCAAAUACGGUGUUCAGACCAAGGCUUACCAGGUCAACAUCACGAACGCCGAGGCCGUGCAGCAGGCCGUUGACCAGACCGUGAAGGACUUCAACGGCCGACUGGACGUCUUCAUUGCCAACGCCGGUAUUCCCUGGACCCAGGGUCCCAUGGUUGACGGCCCUCUUGCGCACUACACCGACGUUGUCAGCAUUGACCUCGACGGCACCUUUUACUGUGCCAAGGCUGCUGCCGCCCACUGGAGGAGACAGAAGGAGGAGGGAACCGACCUCAACGGCAACAAGUUGACCAACUUCACCUACGGUAGCUUCGUGGCUACCGCUUCCAUGAGCGGUCACAUUGUCAACUUCCCUCAGAUGCAAGCUGCCUACAACGCUGCCAAGUCGGCCGUGAUCCAUCUCUGCAAAUCUCUUUCGGUUGAAUGGGUUAAGUAUGCACGUGCCAACACCGUCUCCCCCGGCUACAUCGCGACCGAAAUCUCCAACUUCGUGCCCCAGGAGACCAAGAACAUCUGGAAGGACAAGAUCCCCAUGGGCCGUGAAGGUCGCCCUGAGGAAUUGAAGGGUGCCUACCUCUACCUGGCCUCGGAUGCCUCAAGCUACACCACCGGAGCAGACCUGGUUGUCGACGGUGGCUACUGCGCUCCAUAA